AUGUUGCCGGAAAGUGUCCGAGCGGUAGCCUCGAGAAUGACAGAACUGUCCAGUCUUCGUGAGGCUGUCAUCGCCCUCUCAGCGGCCCGACUGGCAUCCAUCGAAAGCGAACAGCAACGGAGACCUCGCUUCCAGCACUUUUCGGAAGCGCUUAGUCGUUUUAUUUCCGCGGUCCAGCAUAUACGAACAUCUCCGGCGGAUAUAGAGAAUGUGCUCGCGGCAGCCAUCCACUUGGUCCUCUUCGAGUUAGAGGUAGGGACACUCUGGGGUGUCUGUUGCCAUGUUGCCGGGCUCGAGAACUUGCUCAUGCUGCACCAGGAUGUUCUGAUGGAGUCGCCCUAUGGUCGUACUCUUUUGAGAGCUGGUGUUUUUCUUAGGAUGCGGACUUUAUUCUUGCUCAACCCACUCUCGUCGCUCGGUACUGCACCUGCGACAGGGAGGUAUCUUCAGAGACUGGUCGAUGAAAUCGCCCAACCGCGGGAAAUCAUAUAUAUAAACAUGACCAGAGCGGUAUCCAUGACGACACACCUCAUUCUGGCGCACUGCAUGCAGCAUGAUCAUGAUAGCUGGCACCGUGUGGCGGGCAAGAUUUAUACUCGAUUUCAAAAUACCUCGAUGCAGCCAGCGGAUCCUCCCAUUCUACCGGAAGCAGCCGAAGGAAGACAUAUCUAUAUAUACUUGAAAGAGAUAGAAGAUCGAAACAAGGCCGUCAUUUCCGAUUCGGGAUAUGAACCGCUCGGCACAAUGCUUUCAAAGCCAAGAGAGUCCAGCUUCAACGAGAGACAGCCCUUGCUCAAUAUCCCCGAACUCAAUCCAAUCAGAUUCGAUCAAUGUGAAGAAGCUAUAUUCUCCGCCGUCUAUGCUCUCUCCCAAAUAUACUGCGACGGAGAGCUUCUCCAAAGUCUGCUCUACCAACAAGAAAUCGAAAGUAAUCCUCAUGUGACGGAGUAUGUAAAGACAAUUCUCGGUAUCGCAAAAGGAUACGAUCCGGCCAGCUGCUUCUGCGACAGCGUCUACAACAUGAACAUUAGCUGGGUGUUAGUCUUGCUCGCCUUGCGCUGGCCAACUCAGGAGGUCAUGCGAUACCUCAAGGACGACUUCCUCCCGCGUCUGCAGCGCACAGAUACUCUGCGCGAGGACACCGUAGGCGCAUUGCCAUGUUUCUCCCGCAUCGUGAAUAUACUAGACACGGAAACGACUCGCGGCCGUAGAAUCUACACGAUGCAACCUGUCUACGCAGACUCUGCCGAGCGAGAGCAUUUCUUCCUGAUGAAUCAGGUGCAAGGCUAUGCCAUCCACGGCCGAGACCGCGAGGGUUACUUCUUCAACGAUUACAUCUCUACCUGA